UGUGCAUUGGGAGAUCAACUAAAUCAACAUGAAGACUUCAUUCACUGUGCUUCUUUUUAUGAGCCUCUUUGGAAUGAGCUUAAAUUUCUAUGUAAUCCACUUUUUUGUGAGAGAGUCUAUGUCUUGGGAUAAUGCACUGAAGUACUGCAAAGAGCAUCAUCAUGAUCUGUCCACCGUCAGAAAUCAAGAUCUACAGCAACUCUCAAAGAAUGCUCAAGAUGAUUAUUAUUGGAUUGGACUUGAGAAAGUAAAUCAUGAUCAAAACCUGUGGAACUGGUCUGAAGGUGGGACGGCAGUAAUAGAUAACUGGGACAACGAUCAACCAGGUAAUGAAGAUGAAAAAUGUGGUGCAGUCCAAAGAUCCAAUUCUAAGUUCCAUGAUGCUCCUUGCUCUUGGGCAAUACCAUUUUAUUGUAUGGAGGUCUAUGAGCUGAUCCUGGUUCAGCAAGAAAACACAUGGGAAGAGGCUCUGGACUACUGCAGACAAAACUACAUUGAUCUGGCCAUUAUAACCAUUGAGAUGAUUAUGACAGAGGCGAAGAAUAAAGUCACAGCAGCCCAGACCGAAGAUGUGUGGAUCGGCCUACGCUUUUUAGCUGGUCAUUGGUUUUGGGUAAAUGGAACAGAUCUAAACUACUCGGCCUGGUCUGUGGAGGGAGAGCUCCAGUGUCCUGCUAUGAAUCAGCGCUGCGGAGUUUUGAAUAGAGAUGAGAAGCUUUGGAAAUCCACAGACUGUGAUCGGAGACUCAACUUUCUCUGUGUCAGGAGGUCACACACUAAUUAUUAAGUCAAGGUUAAAUUUACUGUUUAGGUGUUUAAAGGGAGUUUCAAUUGGGAAUGCUGGCAAAGUCAUUUUCAGUAAUUGUCAGUUUCUUUGCUUAGUUUAAACUGCUGAACAUUAUGGUGAUAUCAAGGUUCUUCUAUCAUGUAAGGUUUUAAAGAAACAGAAGAAACAAUUACAAUAAUAUACAAAUGUCUGUAGAGUUAAGUCAAAUAUGUUGACCUGUGUAAUUUGGAUGUCUGAGGUGUUUUUCCUUCUUCUGGCAACUUUGGUUAUAAUACAAAUACAUUUACAUUUACAUUUAUGCAUUUGGCAGAAGCAUUUAUCCAAAGCAACUUAAAGUGCACUUAUUGCAGGGACAAUACCCCCCCGGAGCAACCUAGAGAUAAGUACCUUGCUCAAGGACACAAUGGUGGUGGCCGUGGGGAUCGAACCAGCAAACCAGCGACCUUCUGAUUAACAGUUAUGUGCUUUAGCCCACUACGGCACCACCACUCUAAAGACACUAUUUUUUGAGUUUUAAAAACAAGUCACUGGUUACAUCACUGCUAAUAAACAUAUGUGCUCUGAGCUUUUGUCCCCCCCUUGAUCUAGAAAACAGCAAAAUGAUUAUCAUAAAAACAUAUAUUGAGAAAAUGAGAUUACAUUUUCUACAUGGCAGGUAAAAUGAAUUUUAUGUCAAAGCAAACUUAUCCAGGUCUAAACAUAUUUUUGAUAGAUGUUGGUGAAUGACCUAACCAGAAAACCAUGUACAAUAUUUGACAGAAGAUUAG